AUGGAGGGAGAAAAGGGUAUAUAUAUAGCUAAAGAUGCUCUCACCAUUCUCUGUUUCCUUGCACAGAACACAGUCAACUUCAUCAAGACAUCCAAUUCUCCAAGAACUUCCACAAUCAACAUCAAGCUCAAGAGUUACCUCCAAGUCACCAUGCCCAAAACCCUUACGUUGGUCUGCUACAAGCAGUCCCGCUUCUUCCCUGAGAAUACUGCGCACUGGGGGCUUCUUCUUCAGGAGCAGGGCGCGAAAAGCGGCCGGCUUUUCCAUGUUACCAAGGAAUCGUACAGAACCGGAAUGACCGACUACCGCCAAGAUAUGAAUAUUGUACCGACUUUUUCUGCUUCCCUUCGAGCCUCGGUUGAGGUGGCCUCCGGCCUCGACCUUGAUGUCGACACCCUCGACCGUCUAUGCAUUGAAGUCGCAAGAGGCCGCCGUUUCGAUUUCGUCGUCAACAACUGCCAGAGGUUUUGCGCUCAAGUUCUACAGCGCCUUGUUCAAAAUGGAACAAUCACUCAGGCCCAAUUUGAUGCACUCGCCACGAAAGGAUUUCGCCCCUUAGUCUAA